AAUGUGUUUUUGGACAUGUAAGUAGAAUACUUGCGGUUUGCAUUGCUAUUUUCUUAUGGCCAAAACUCACACAAGGUAAACCGCUCGCUUCUUUUCACUCUUCGUCAAAAAAAUAAAAUUGGAAAAGCAUAAUGAAGUUGAUUAAAGAUUCAAUUCUCUUAUCUCGGCGAAAUCCUUCAUCACUCUUUACCAUUACUCGGUUUAAGACUUUCUUCUUUUCUCCUCUUCCCACUACUACCAAAUUCUACUCCCAGUUUUUGACUUUUCCACAUACUCCUCUAAAAUCCCUUAAUCUCCAUGUCAAGAAGAAGAACUCUGAUUCAGAGCCACUUCUAGAACCCACUAUUGUCCACCAAGUACCACAAGACGAAGAAAAAUAUUAUGUUGAUAAUGAAUUUGAAUAUGAGGAUGAAUCUCAAAUGGUCGAAGAUGUUGAUGACGGUGACGAGUAUUAUGAUGAGGAAGAGGACUAUGAGGACGAAAAUACUGUGCCCUAUGCGGGUGAUGGCGAAGCAGGUGGUGGAAUCUCCCUUGCGGGAACAUGGUGGGAUAAAAAAGCGUUAGCCGUUGCUAAAGAGGUUACUAUGUCUUUUGGUGGUGACUUACAAAUUUAUGCUUUUAAAACUUUGCUCAGUUCCACCAUUCGAGUGCGCAUUGAGAAGCUUUCCAACAAAUCUGGCUCGCCCACCAUGGAGGAUAUUGAAGCCUUUUCUACAAUCUACAGAGCAAAAUUGGAUGAAGCGGAACUUGCCAAAUUCGUUCCUGAGAAUUUAAGUUUGGAGGUGUCGUCUCCAGGUGUUGAAAGAGUAGUUCGGAUUCCAGAUGACCUAGACCGAUUCAAGGACAGAGUUAUGUAUGUGAAAUAUGCCAUUGAUGAUGAUUCAAAUAAUCCAUCUGCUGAAGGUGAUGGUGUCUUGAAGCUUGAAUCCUUUGACAUGGAAACAAAAUAUUGCACAUGGAGUUUAGCAAAUGUAAGGGUCAACAGAGAGAAAGCAGGGAAAGGAAGACCACUGAAUAAAAAGCAAAGAGAAUGGCGUUUAAGUACCCCCUUUGAUUCAUUACAUUUUGUACGGUUGCACUCAGACGUUUAAAUUAUUUAUUUUCCUCGACAGUUGAAAGUUCGAUCUCCAUCUUUGUCUAUGUAUAUGUCUGUAAUGUGCACUCACAGUAAGGAUCUGCGAGUUUUUUAGGUACUUAGAAACAGUCAACACAUAUAAUUUUGUUGAGUUUAUCUCUUUUUCACUUCUAAAAUUGACUGUAAAUGUGAAACUGGAUGACAAUUGUUCUAUCAUUUGUUGCCCUUGUUUCCUAACUGUUUAGAACUUGGAUUGUCAA